AUGGGGCCAGCUGGGGCCCCGCUGCUGUCAACGAGCACCAGUGACCCUCACCGCGGCAUCUGUGUCCCCCAGAGCCAGAUCUCGGUGCUGCAGAACCGCAUCGAGCAGCUGGAGCAGCUUCUGGAGGAGAACCACGAGAUCAUCAGCCACAUCAAGGACUCGGUGCUGGAGCUGACAGCCCAUGCUGAGGGGCAGCCAGCGCUGCCCCCACACACCCCCAAUGGUUCCUGGGUGCUGCCCCCCGAGAGUCGCCCCAGCUUCCUCUCCGUCUCCCCACAGGACUGUCAGUUUGCCCUGGGGGGCAAGGGCCAGAGCCCAGACCUGCAGAUGCUGGCCAUCUACUCCCUGCUGCCCUUCGACAACCAGGACGGCGGGGUGUGGAAGCAGGGCUUUGAUAUCACCUACGAGCCCAACGAGUGGGACACGGAGCCACUGCAGGUGUUUGUGGUGCCACAUUCCCACAACGACCCAGGCUGGAUCAAGACCUUCGACAAGUACUACUACGACCAGACACAGCACAUCCUCAACAGCAUGGUGCUGAAGAUGCAGGAGGACCCGCGCCGACGCUUCAUCUGGUCUGAGAUCUCCUUCUUUUCCAAGUGGUGGGACAACAUCAGUGCCCAGAAGCGGGCAGCCGUGCGCAGGCUGGUUGGCAAUGGGCAGCUGGAGAUGGUGACAGGUGGCUGGGUGAUGCCCGAUGAGGCCAAUUCCCACUACUUUGCUAUGAUUGACCAGCUGAUUGAGGGGCAUCAGUGGCUGGAGAAGAACAUUGGCGUGACACCCCGCUCGGGCUGGGCCGUCGACCCCUUUGGGCACAGCUCCACCAUGCCCUACCUGCUGAAGCGCUCCAACCUGACGGGCAUGCUCAUCCAGCGCGUGCACUAUGCCAUCAAGAAGCACUUUGCGGCCACCCAGAACCUGGAGUUCAUGUGGAGACAGACCUGGGACCCGGACGCCAGCACCGACAUCUUCUGCCACAUGAUGCCCUUCUACAGCUAUGAUGUGCCCCACACCUGUGGGCCAGACCCCAAGAUCUGCUGCCAGUUCGACUUCAAGCGCCUGCCGGGCGGCCGCAUCAACUGCCCGUGGAAGGUGCCUCCCCGAGCCAUCACCGACAACAACGUGGCAGAGCGGGCCCAGCUGCUGCUGGACCAGUACCGCAAGAAGUCCAAGCUGUACCGCAGCAAGGUGCUGCUGGUGCCCCUGGGAGACGACUUCCGCUACGACAAGCCGCAGGAGUGGGAUGCCCAGUUCCUCAACUACCAGCGCCUCUUUGACUUCCUCAACUCCCAGCCCAACCUCCAUGUCCAAGUGCAGUUUGGGACGCUCUCAGACUACUUUGAUGCCCUGUACAAGAAGCUGGGCAUCGUGCCGGGGAUGAAGCCACCCGGGUUCCCGGUGCUGAGCGGCGAUUUCUUCUCCUAUGCCGACCGGGAAGAUCAUUACUGGACUGGCUACUACACCUCCCGGCCCUUCUACAAGAGCCUGGACCGUGUGCUGGAGGCCCAUCUCCGGGGGGCAGAGAUCCUGUUCAGCCUGGCCCUCGCCCCCGCCCGCCGUGCCGGCGCUGAUGGCAAGUACCCACUCUCGGACUAUGCCCUGCUGAGCAACGCGCGCCGCAACCUGGGGCUCUUCCAGCACCACGACGCCAUCACCGGCACCGCCAAGGAGGCCGUGGCGGUUGACUACGGAGUCCGGCUGCUCCACUCCCUCACCAACCUCAAGCGCGUCAUCAUCAACGCUGCACAUUACCUGGUGCUGUGGAACAAGGACACGUACCACCAUGACCCUGCUGCACCUUUCCUCGGCAUGGACGACACACGCCCCAGCCAGGACUCCCUCCCAGAUAAGACAGUGGUCAAACUGGACACGUCACCCCGGUUCCUGGUGGUGUUCAACCCUCUGGAGCAGGAGCGGCUGAGCGUGGUGCCCGUGCUGGUGGACUCCCCGCACGUGCGAGUGCUCUCCGAGGAGGGGAAACCCCUGCCCAUCCAGCUCAGCGCACACUGGGGCUCUGCCACUGACAUGGUGCCUGAUGUGUACCAGGUGUCGGUCCUGGCCCGGCUGCCCGCGCUGGGGCUGCGUGUCCUGCAGCUGCACCGGUCCCCGGACGGCCGCCCCGCGGCCUCUACCCGCCUCUACCUGCACGGCCGGGACGUGCCCGUGCGCAGGCAGGAGCCUGUUCCCCCGCACCUCCUAGUCGCCAGCUACUACCAGCAUGUCCAGACCGUGGUGCGGCUCUACAACGUGCCAGGGGUGGAGGGCCUGUCUCUGGACGUGUCUUGCGUGGUGGACAUCCGUGACCACAUCAACAAGGAGCUGGCCCUGCGCUUCACCACUGACAUUGAGAGUGACGAUGCCUUUUUCACCGACCUCAACGGUUUCCAGAUCCAGCCCCGCAGGUACCAGAGGAAGCUGCCGCUGCAGGCCAACUUCUACCCCAUACCGGCCAUGGUACAGGACAGCCGCCCCAUCAGCUUCCCCUCCCUGCUGAGCCACAUCACCUCCAUGCACCUGAACGCUGAGGCCCUGGUCAUGCCAGUGGCCCAGGAGAAGCUGGUCCCACCAGCCCUGCGCUCCUUUGUGCCCCUUUCCAACACUCUCCCCUGUGACUUCCACAUCCUGAACCUGCGGACGCUGCAAGCUGAGGAUGACUCGCUGCCCUCAGCCGAGGCAGCCCUAAUCCUGCACCGCAAAGGCUUUGACUGCAGCCUGGAGGCCAAGAACCUGGGGUUUAACUGCACCACCAGCCAGGGCAAGCUGGCCCUGGGCAGCCUGUUCCGGGGGCUGGAGCUGGGCUCCCUGCAGCCCACCUCACUGACCUUGAUGUACCCACUGGGCACGGCCUCCAACAGCACCAACAUCCAUCUGGACCCCAUGGAAAUCUCUACAUUCCGCAUCCACCUGGGGUAG